AUAGUCCAGCCUUGAAGUAACAAAUGGAUGGAUUCGUUUUUCAGCCUCAUUCCUAGACAGAAUACUUCUAAUUUUGGCGAUAUUCCUUGGGGUGGAAAUAGGAAACCCUAGAAACUUGUUUAAUAUGGGAUUUAAGUCAAAGACCAGAUCUAAAUGUUACUGUAAAUCUGUAGACUCUCUGUUCACAGACAUUCUCAUCCACUCUAAAUGAACUGCAUGAAAACAGGCAAAAGCGUCAGGCUCAAUAUGUGCAAACCUGAUGGAGACAUGCUGUACCCUCAGACAUUUGCAGCUUUAACUGCAGCAAAAGGGGAAUACUACAAUGUAUCAACUUAAGAGGGCUGAACAAAAAUGCACAUUGCACUUUUCAAGGAAAGGACAGAACCAGAAAAAAAAGAGCAGAGGUAGUAAAAACCAUUGGGUCGGAUCUGCCUAAAGGGGUCGCUUAACAAAUAGAUGGUCAGUGAUUAAACACUAACCAACAGAGAGAUCAUGGAGCUCAAUGGGACAGAAAGCCAGGGAGCAGACAACAAAGCUUUUGAAUUAGAGGAUCAGAUAAACCUUGACAUUGAAUGUGCCAACAAAGAAACAAACAAUUCACACAAAGAGACAGACCGCCGAAGGAAAUGCUUGCUGGAGAGGAAGCUGGAGGCACUCCGGGUCUGUUUGGCAGAGUACAAAGACCAGAUUCGGCUAACUAUAAACCUGGUUUUAGGAGCAGGCUUCAUUUCCACGGUGGUAGCAGCAUGCGUUCUGAACUUCCAGCGGGCCGUGGGGCUACUGGUCAUCUCCGUGGUAACCAUAAUUUUCCUGGUUUGGGAUUGGAUAAUGGAGCGAUAUGGUGACCGUAUGUGGGAGGCCCUCUCUCCUACCAGAGACCUUCUCAACAGAAACUGGUUUUGGAUCAGGUGGAUCAUUUAUGCCUCUGUACUGGUGGCCGUGUUGUCCUGGCUGGUUCUGGAUACCGCCCAACGGGGAACCAGGCAGCUCAUGUCCUUCUUUGGUUUGCUGCUGCUAGUUUUCUUAAUGCUGCUCUUUUCCAAACACCCAUUCAAGUGGCCUUGGCAGACUUUGAUUUGUGGUAUUGGACUACAGUUUUUCUUCGGCUUGCUGAUCCUCAGAACCACGUUUGGAUUAACUGUAGUGAGGUGGCUGGGAAAGCAAGCAGAGAUUUUUCUGUCCUACACAGAUGCUGGAUCUCAGUUUGUGUUUGGCGAUAGCUACACAGACCACUUCUUUGCCUUCAGGGUGAUGCCCAUCUUGGUGUUUUUGAGCUCUGUCAUCUCCAUCCUCUACUAUGUUGGCUUCAUGCCCUGGCUCAUCUGCAAGAUCGGAUUCAUAAUGCAGAUCAUCAUGAGAACAUCCCCAGCAGAGUCAAUGGCUGCAGCUGGAAACAUUUUCCUCGGAAACACUGAUGCAGCUCUCCUGAUUCGUCCCUACGUUAGUGAGCUAACCAUCUCGGAGAUGCACGCUGUGAUGACGGGGGGCUUUGCCAGCAUUUCUGGCACCAUUUUGGGAGCGUUUAUCUCCCUUGGGGUGGAUGCGACACACCUGCUGACAGCAACACUGAUGUCCGCUCCAGCCUCCCUGGCCAUCGCUAAAACUUUCUGGCCUGAAAAGGAGCCGUCGGUUUCUAUAUCCAGUCAUAACUUUAAACUGAUUAAAGGAGAGAAUAAAAACAUCCUGGAAGCAGCAUCCCAAGGUGCAGCCCGUGCUGCAGGCGUGGUGGCAAACAUCGUUUCCAACAUCAUCGCCUUCUUGGCCCUGCUUGCCUUUUUCGAUGCCGUCCUUUCCUGGCUGGGUGGGAUGUUUGACUGUCCACAGCUCAGCUUCUCGCUCAUCUGCUCCUAUAUCUUCAUGCCUCUGGCCUUCAUGAUGGGCGUUUCCUGGGAGGACAGUUUCAUCGUCGCCGAGCUGAUCGGCAUAAAGACGUUCCUCAACGAGUUUGUGGCGUAUCAGAGGCUGUCUGAGAUUAUCCAGAGGAGGACAGCAGGCGGUCCAGAAUAUGUGAACGAUGUAAAGCAGUACAUAUCCGUCCACUCUGAAGCUAUUGCAACGUAUGCUUUGUGUGGAUUUUCCAACUUUGCUUCCCUGGGAAUGUCUAUUGGAGCGCUCUCGGUCAUGGCUCCAAACAGACGAUCGGAUAUUUCCAGAUGCGGCCUCCGAGCGCUGACAGCAGGGAGCACGGCCUGUUUCAUGACAGCUUGUAUUGCAGGUAUGCUGUACAUUCCUGAUUGCCAAGAAUUUCUGAGCUCAGAGUUCAAGAACACCAACAUUACAACCACCAGCAAGCGCCUGUUGGACUGCUGCUCCCAGCUAUACAUAAGCGUGACGGCGGAUGAGCCGUCGAACGUGACAAUUGGAGCUGGAUUCAAUGAGAGCUUGUUGCUCCGCUGCUGCGCUCUAACUCCACCUAAACACUUCAACUGCAGCUUUAUGCUUUGAUUUUUUUUAUUGCUGAAUUUUACAAGUCAUUUGUUGUCAAAUUAUCACUAUAUUUGUGAUUGUUUUUAGUUUAUUAUACAUAUUUUGUAUGGAAAUAAAGAAUGAAAAGUUGUUUGUAUUAAUAAAUCUAAUUUCCU